CAUUCCUAGUCGUUGUUUGAAUUGUUUCCCCCAAUUCAUUUUUUGUGCUGUUGAUUAGAUAUUGACCUUUUGUUUUGGCGCCCUAAGCUAGAAAAUUCGCUGAUCCCGCUGCAUUUGCCAGCGUGAUCAAUGAAUUUCUGACGCCUUUUGAUCCUCAAUUUUUUUUCUUUUGUUAGGGAUUAGGGUUUUUACGUCUUCGUUGAGAUGAGUUUCUUUUGUUUUGGUUUCAAUUUCUUUUCUUUGGGUGGUUUGAGUCAAUGUACAGGUCAAAAGAUCAGACCUUUCUCGUUAAAUUGAAAAGGGCAUUUGUCUUAUUGUAAUCCCGAGGCCGAAAGAUUUUAUCUUUUCUGUGAAUAUAUUGGAAAAUUGCAGUAUUUGGAUUCUGAUUUUGAAGGGUUUCUGUUGACUUGCUCAACCCAGGAUUUUUUGUGCUUGUUCUUGUUGCUUGAGGCGGUGGUGGUGUAGACAAGGUUAAAAUGGCUGAACCUUUGGUGGGGAAUGUGAACCAGCUACUGAAGACUGAGGCGGGUGGCCCGAGCCAGCCGCUUCCUGAGGCUGUGGGGCUAAAUGGAAAGAAGCCUGAAGUGGUGGGUUCCUCAUCAUCAGUGGCUGAAGAUAACCAAGUGGUAGUGACAGUUGACAAUGAGGAGGAAGACGAGAAUGCACCACUGAUAGGGAUGGGGGAAUGCCGGAUUUGUCAAGAAGAGGAUUCUGUAAAUAAUUUGGAGAGUCCCUGUGCUUGCAGUGGGAGUCUUAAGUAUGCUCAUAGGAAAUGUGUUCAACACUGGUGCAAUGAGAAGGGAGAUAUUACUUGUGAGAUUUGUCACAAGCAAUAUCAGCCUGGUUAUACUGCUAUACCACGUCCUCAACCUGAUGAAACUACCAUUGAUAUAGGUGGAGUGUGGCAAAUAUCUGGCACACCACUAGACAUGCAUGAUCCACGUCUUCUGGCAAUUACUGAGGCUGAGCGUCAGUUGUUUGAUGCUGACUAUGAUGAUUAUAACAACGCUAACAGCAGUGGUGCUGCCUUCUGCCGUUCAGCUGCUCUGAUUUUAAUGGCUCUUUUGCUACUGAGACAUGCACUGUCCAUCACUGAUGAUGGGGAUGCAGACGGAGAGGACGACGCAUCAACUUUCUUAUCUCUUUUCUUGCUUCGAGCUGUUGGAUUUCUUAUGCCUUGCUACAUCAUGAUCUGGGCCAUAAGCAUCUUGCAACGUAGGAGACAAAGACAGGAGGCUGCAACACUAGCGGCUGCACAGUUUGCAAUCAUGGUUCAAUCAGCCCAAAGCAGAGGCCUCAUCGUCACCUCAGCCGCACCAGCAGUCACUCCGUUGGCCACUCCACAUGCUGCUGGCCCUUCACAGGCCGCGCCUCAGCAUGAGCACGUCUGAUCCAACAAUAGUUUCAUUAUCUCCCUCUGCCCAUUCAAGGCAUGCGGUAGUUGUGCUCCAGUCUCAGCGUUUGCAGUCGACUCUUUUGCGGUUACUUUCAUGUUAAAUUUUCAAUGUGAGACUUGGCUCUGUUACAUGUGUAUAUGAUUUAUGAAUUUCUGACCGUGAGACGAGCUGAUCAACGGCGUUUUCGACUAACGUAGACGUUCGCCUACUCAGGACAGAACUCCCACCUGGAAAGAAAAACCCAAAAAAGUACUGAUGAGAAGUGUACGUAUUUGAUGUACCUUGCUAGUGUAAUAAUAUGUAUUUUGGCAAUUUAUUCUUUGUUUCGCCAUUUUGUUCUUUCGAACGUUGUUGGUGGGAAUGUAUAUAUGUCUUUAAACUA